UGGCGAUCAAAAUGCAAAGGCCGCGGACGUCGACGCCGCCGCGCGGCUUCGUUUCGAUCUUGAUGUGGAAGAACGCGCUGAUGCUGAAGAAGAGUCCGCGACGCAUCCUCUUUGCCGUGUUGUUUCCCAUGGUUGUGAUCGUCUUCUUGGGGCAUAUGAAACAGUACAGUGCAACGAUUCACGUCCCGGAUGGAUGGGCCACGGAUGACGACAACGAUCAAGCGCGACACAGUUUGUUCGAGCGCCAUGGACAAUCGUCACCGACGUACUACACAUCGGAAUCCACGGCAUCGGCGCUUCUUUUGACUCUGAGCACCAAGGGAUGGUCGGACAGAAUGCAUGCAGCGAACAUGUCGGACACCGCCAACGCGACAUGCCUUCGUGCUGCGUUUGCGGGAAACGUCAGUGGUGACGCGUCGUCGCCGUUUGCAUGGCCACAGAUAUGCCGUGAUUUCAUCGUGCCGUCGAAACUCGCAAUCGUCCCGGACACGGCGUUUACCCGGGAGUACUUUGCUCGCAACUUGGCUGCGUGGUACCCCCGCGUGCAGUUGACGGUCGAUGCAUCCUUCGUCGUACCGUCGUUUCAUGACUCGAUCGUGUUCUUCGCGGACGAUUCAGCUUUGGAAGCGUACAUCAUGGACGCUUCCUACGGCACGGGCGUCGCCAAACCUCGCAUCUUUGCCGCCAUCGUCUUCUCGGCCACCCCCGCCGAGGCUGGGGAUGCAGGGGACAUCAACUAUGCCAUUCGCAUGGACGCAAGGGCUACACCAAAGACGACCGACCAAGGUAUCAGGCCAUUCCAGCGCUCCAUUGACAUGACCUCAAUCAAGGAAUACGCGACUUCCGGGUUUCAAACGCUUCAGACACUGGUGGCGCGGUUUGCUGCGUGUAUGCCGCAUCCCGUCACCAGCAAGUGCACGUUGCUACCGCGGGGAGCGCCGUCCAACGAGACGGACGAACUCUUGUUCCACCAAAUCGAGAUCGACCCGAUGCUGGCAAAAGUCGCGACUGCCUACUCGAAGGGUCUGCACGUCGGAGACUUUGACAUCGCUCAUGUUCCUCCGACAUCCCGUUCGUCGUUGCUCGUGCCGCUGUACCAUGCCCCGCACGCGCUUGGCGGCGCAUCGACGUUUCCGCUGCCCAUCCAUGGGUACACUUGGUCCCCAUUUUACGAGACUGUCCAGAUGCUGCUCGGGCUGCUGUUUCUGUUUGCGUACAUGCAGAUGCUGGCGGCGGUCCUGGUUGGCUUGGUCGGUGAGAAAGAGUCCAAGGCACGAGAGCUCCUCAAGAUCCUUGGCGUGCCAGAUUUGGCCAUUGUCGCGAGUUGGCUGUUCACGUUCGGCCUUAUGUCAUGUGUGUCGGCGACCGUCAGCGCCGUUGCGGCCGCCACGGUGCUCUUCCCAAGCUCAAGUGUGAUCGUAUUGUUUGUUUUUUUUCUCUUGACUGGGUCAACCGUUGCGUCGUUCGGGUACGCCAUCAGUGCCAUCUUUUCGAAAUCGCGGCUGGCGAUUCAAGUCGGCACAUUUGCAUACUUUUUGUCGUUCUCUCUCACGUCCCAGCUCGUGGCCGCAACGUCGACGCCGGCUCAAAAGGCGCUUGCAUGCAUUGUACCUGCCGGUGCCAUGAACUUGGCGGUGACCAUGCUGGCUGCUGCCGAAGCGUCCGCCGUCGGCAUCCCGCUGUCAAAUCUGUGGCAACCGGUCGACAACUUUUGCUUUGGCUCUGUCUUGCUUUUCAUGGUCGGCCAAUGCGUCGGGUAUAUCUUGCUGGGAUGUUAUUUCGAAAAGGUCGUGCCGAAAGACGUCGGCGUUGUCGAACCGUGGUACUUUCUUUUCCGACCGAGCUAUUGGGGUUUCAACUGGUCAGCGCAACAACAAGGCGGCGGUGCCGAGACCGAGGCAUUGUUGAGAGGGAUGGAGGUUGAGUCUGGCUACAGCGACACCAUUGAGCCGGUCGGCGCAGACCUUCGGCGACAAGAAGCAUCGGGAGAUGCGCUGCAGAUUCACCGCUUACGCAAGGUAUUUUCAACCCCCAGUGGACCCAAAGUUGCCGUCGAUGGCCUCAACUUGACGUUGUACAAGAAUCAAAUCACGUGCUUGUUGGGCCACAACGGCGCUGGCAAAACAACGCUCAUCCACAUGCUUACGGGCAUGAUUCCGCCGACAUCCGGCGACGCCACUGUUCACGGGCUGCACCUCACCACGGACUUGAACGCCAUCCGCGCGUCCGUGGGGAUGUGCCCUCAGCACAACAUUCUGUACAACGAGCUCACCGUUGCGGAACACUUGAGGUUCUACGGGCGCAUCAAAGGGUUCACCAACGUCGCCGACUUGAACGAAGAGGUGACGAAGAAGCUCCACGAAGUGGGACUUACGAGCAAGAGAGAUGCGUUGACGACAGAAUUGUCCGGCGGGAUGAAGCGCAAGCUGUCGCUGGCGAUUGCUCUGUUGGGGAACAGCACGCUCGUGUUUCUAGACGAGCCCACGUCUGGCAUGGACCCGUACAGCCGUCGAAGCAUGUGGGACGUCAUCUUGAACAACCGACCCAACCGCAUCGUGGUGCUGACUACGCACUUCAUGGACGAAGCCGAUGUCCUUGGCGAUCGGAUUGCCAUCAUGGCGGAGGGAGAGCUACGAUGCGCGGGCUCGUCGCUAUUUCUCAAGAAUCGUUACGGUGCUGGGUACACGUUGUCACUUGUCAGAGACACUUCCCAGAGCGACGGUGACAACGCCAACAGGACGAGUGCGAUCAAGGCAUUGAUCACGUCCUUUGUCGAUCGGGCCAAAGUUCUCAGCGACGUUGGAAGUGAGAUGGCGUUCCAGCUGCCCUUGGAUGAGUCCCACGUGUUUGGCGAUUUGUUUCAAGCACUGGACAAGCACUUGGCGACGUUGCGAGUGUUGUCGUACGGGAUUUCGGUGACGACACUCGAGGAAGUCUUUUUAAAAGUGGCAGAAGUUGGAGACGUCCAUCACCAGCACACCGUGCCGUCGUCAUUGUCGGCUGCUGCAAACGGCCAUCCUGAGACCUUUGGAGAAACGCAGUCGCUGACGCCAUCGACAUCGGCAUCGCCUUCACGACAAGGCAUGUUCUGGACUCAAUUCCGAGCGCUCUUGGUCAAGCGAUUUCGAAUUGCCCGUCGUGAUCGCCGCGUCGUGCUCUUUGGAAUCCUCGCGCCAAUCGCAUACAUCUUUUUUGGUAUUCGUAGCCUUGCCCCGACUUUUCGACCGUCCACGCCACCUGCCGUGCCCCUCACAACCGCGUCGUUUCCCUUGGCUUCCCAAACUCCGGUUGGUGGUCUAUGUGAGUCAGACUGGUUCUGCGACUUGGUCAAUCAGCUUCCACAUGCUGUUGGGUACAACUUGUCGUUCAUCCCGCCGCCGCCCGUGUACCCUUCGACGUCUCCUACCGUGUUCAACGUCACGUACGACCGCAUUGACCCAAGUGGUCCCACCGGCUUUUGUCUUCGCCUUGGCGAAGCUCUGUGGGAGUCGUCGCCAGUUGGCGCGUACGGAGCGUAUGUGUUUCUAGGCAAGCGUUCGAGUGGUCUUUUUGGGUACAACGUGGCAGUCAACACGACCAACAUCUAUGCCUCAGCCAUCUACAAAGCCAUGGCAGACAGUGCGGUGUACUCGCGCGUGAGUGGUGGGCAUUCGCUGAAUGUGGCGGUGGCGCCGUUUCCGCCGACUCACACGGAUCAAGUCGGUGUGUCGGUCGCGGCGUCGUUCUUGGCAGCGAUCUUCAUUGUUGUCGCGUUUGCCCAAUACAGUCCGGCGAUUGUUCCUGGCUUGGUGCACGAAAAGCAUCCAGCGCACAAUUCCAAGCACCAGCAGCUCGUGUCGGGGGCGUCGCUGACCGCGUUUUGGUUCGCAAACUACGUGUUCGACGUGAUCUUGAUUGCCAUCCCGAGCACUGCUGCAUUGGUCUUGAUCUACACGAGCGAUAUUCACGAACUAACGGGCGGAUCUGCCUGCACAUCGUGCUCGCCACACGUGUUUGAGGCCGUGAUCGCGCUUUUUGUCGCGUUUGGCGCGGCCAUGGUCCCGUAUUGCUACCUACUGUCCCACCUCUUUACGGAGCCGUCGUCCGCGCACACGGCAUCGGUGUUCCUUAACAUGCUUCUUGGUCUUGCCAUCGUCAUCACGUCGAUGAUAUUGGACUCGAUCCCGUCUAUGAUGGAGCUGAACGGGUCGUACCUCAAGUACGUUUGGCGGUUGUCCCCGCUCUUCAACCUCGGCAACAGUCUACUGAAGCUGUGUAUGCAAGCGGUGUUGAACGGUGCCUUGACCGCCUCCAUCUUUUCCAUGUUCGUCCCAAUCCCGGACGCGUUUUCGUACGAUGUGAUCGGGAUCGAUCUCACAUAUUUGGCAGUCGAGGGCGUCAUAUACUUUGUGCUGGCCGUCGCGAUCGACUACCUCCGGACGUUUCCCUCGCUGGUAGCGUUGUUGCGCGGCCAAGGGGUAUCGCCAGACAACGAUUCUGGUGCGGUGCCCGAUAUCGACGGCGAUGUUGCAGCUGAAGCGAGGCGUGUCACCAUGGGCAAUGCCAACGACGACGCAAUUGUGCUCAACAACUUGCGCAAAGUGUACGGGGGCAAAGUUGUUGCUGUCGACAAGCUGUCUCUGGGGUUGCCAAUAGGCGAGUGCUUUGGGUACCUCGGCAUUAACGGAGCAGGAAAGACGACGACGAUGCAAAUGCUUACUGGAAACAUCGCUCCGACCAGCGGACGCGGAACGCUGGGCGGAUAUGACGUUUUGUCGCAGCAGCUCGACGCUCGACGACUCAUUGGGUACUGCCCUCAGUUCGACGCCCUCUUGGACUUGCUCACAGUUCGGGAACACUUGGAACUCUUUGCGGCGAUCAAGGGACUACAAGGUGCCGAACUCGAGCGCGAAGUUUUGUCGGCCAUGUCGAACCUCAACUUGGACGACUUUGAGCACAAGCUCGCCAACGCGUUGAGUGGUGGGACCAAGCGCAAGCUAUCUGUUGCGAUCGCAAUGAUCGGCGCACCACCCAUCAUUUUCUUGGACGAACCUUCCACAGGUAUGGACCCCGUGUCGCGCCGGUUCAUGUGGAACGUCAUUGCCAACGUCUCGACGAAGCGACGCGCGUCCACGAUUGUGUUAACCACCCACAGCAUGGAAGAGUGCGAAGCCUUGUGUACGCGUGUCGGUAUUAUGGUGGAUGGACGAUUGCGAUGUCUCGGCAGUAUUCAGCACCUAAAGCACAAAUUUGGCGACGGACUAGUGCUGCAUGUCAAGUUGGCGUCUGUGGCACCCGAAGACAUCGACCUCAUGGUCGAGCGUGAGUUUUGUGGUGACGCGACCAGGACGUUGGCGGCGGCUCAAGUCAUGGAACGAUGCGAAGCCUUGGGUCUUCCAGGUCGUGCGGAUCUCGUUACAGCGUCGCACCCCACGGGGUACGUGUUGGCGGAAGCACUGAAGCAACCUCCGAAUGCGGUGCUCGCUCCAGACUUCUGUGCAUGGUGGCUUGCCGAAUCCCAUUUUGACGCACUUGAGGCCCAACUCCGCGCUACUUUUGGCGUCGACAUUCAAGUCCUGGAACGCCAGCAAGAUAUGGCGCGAUUCAAACUCCGCGGAGCACCCGCGCUGGCAUCGGUGUUUACCAGUAUUGAAGCCAUAAAGGAGAAGCUUCACGUGCAAGAAUACACGGUGUCUCAAACCACACUGGAACAAAUUUUCAACAGCUUUGCGUCGAAGCAACAGCAUUGAGAACAUAUCAACGUAGAUGUAAGGCUCAUCCGCGUGCACUCGGCAAUGUGAACACAAAAUGAUCCAUUUGAGAGGUGUCAGGCUCCAUCCGCUUGGGAAAGUUUCUUUCAAUCGCAAUAGCCUAGUUCAUCCAAAUUGGUAUUUCAACGCGUUCUGGUGCAAAAUGUCAAUUGUCU